UGUUAACCUAAGUCGUUGAUGUAAACUCAGACUUAUGUUGGUAGACCUACCUAGAAUAGGCGUUUAGUAUGUAGAAGCGCCAUUUUAACAUUAACCUUUAUGCUAAGUGUAUAUUUUCUGACAAAAUGCUUUGGAAAGAGUACCUAAAGUGGUUUUCUUGAAGAACUCAAUUUCAGAGGGCCAAGGUCUUGCAAUGGCCAAUUUCUCAGAAGCUCCAGUUCCAAAUCAACAGAAACCUGCAACAAAUUGUGAAGGAACUCAAGAACAAAUUCAGUACAGUUCAGAAAGUGAUGCACUAGUCAUUGACGAAGGGCUGCCCAAAAGGAAGAAAAAUCGAAACAGAAAGCAAAACAAAAAGAACAAGGUUAGUGAUGAAGUAAAGUCGGAAGAAAACACUGAAGAUUCGAUUUCAAACCAAGCAGUACAGCCUGAUGAAAUACUCAAAGAAGAGCUGAAAAAUCCAUUUUUUAACGAGUCCCUUUUCGAACUUUCACAAACACACAGAACAAUCAGAAAGCCCAAGCUAAAAGAGUAUGCUCAAUAUUUGGGUUUGCAACCAGCUGUGCAAUUUAAGUGUCCCAAAUGUGGCAAGUCUGGAUUCGAAUCAUUGUCGACACUACAGGAUCAUUUUUUACAGCAAUGCAGCCCUCUUCAGCCAUUGGACAAACCUGGAAAUAAGCAAGUGUCUGGAUUUAAGCUUACCAGGAGAGUGUUUUUAUGUUCAGCAUGCGGCACUUACUAUGAAAACUGGAAUUUGUAUAUGCAUAUGUUGGAAUAUCAUAGGCGAUUUAUCUGUUUGUAUUGCUUGGGAAUGUUUUCCAGUCUUGAGCCUUUAUGCCAGCACAUUCACUCUCGACAUAAAUUUAAACCGGCUGUUAGAAACACUCCUGAAGAGUUUUAUACUGCAUAUAGAGAACCGUGCUACCUCGUUUGCUGUGAGUGUCACCAACAGUUUACGGAGCGUGAUAACUUUUUUUACCACAGCUGCAUUAAGCCAGUUAAGGCUAAAUCUAAACAUAGCAUUGCUCCCGAAAAUCACGUAACUGGUGAUUUCAGUGAAAUACCUACUGAAUCAGGUGAAGAAGGUGAAAAAACACCAGCAGAACCCGAUAAACAAAUUUCUAACAAUCCAGAUAUGUCUAAACAUUCUGAGAGUGACAGUAGUGAAUGUGAAGAUAAAAUAGAAAAUGUAGAAGGUGUAAAGUCCCCUUCGACGUUCACCAUGCAUCAAUCGCAGCACGAAAACAUUCAACCUGCUCAGCCCACGGACGCAAUAAGGCCUGAACCCCUUGACGAAGACUUGCAAACCUGCUUGGAAAAUACAGACAUUCAAUGUGAAACACGGAAAGUUCCAAAACUGUCCCUUAAAUUGCCAAAACCUGUUGAAUAUCUGAAUGCUGAAGAUAGUGAUGAUAGUGACAAAUUCGAUAAGGAUAUUGAUAAUGUAGAGACUGAAAAUGAACAGGAGGAUCUUGGAGCAGCUGAAGAACCAGAACAAGACCUCGAUGAACAGGACAACUCGGCGCUUGAAGUAAAAGCCGUGUGUGCAGAAUAUCCCAUAGCUGGUUCUGAGGUCACAGUUAUAGAAAUUCAAUUGGACCAACCUUUAGAUAAAAUGAACAUAGUAAACUUGUUGCAAAAAUGCUUGAGAGCGACGGUAUCUUCAUGUAUUUAUUGCAAUCACUCAAGACGAAUAGCAGUGAAUGGUAGACAACUUGCACUUCAUGCAAUGGCUGAACACCGCUAUUCUGCAAUAAACAAAAGCAUCACAGAGGAAGAGUUAAUACCAGACAGUUUCAAUAUACGAAUUCGAGAGUGCUUGGGAGAACUGGAAAGUACUUUUUUCAAUUUGGAUUCCGGAGUUUCAAACGAAGCUGUAACAUUUUCCCAUAUGUUUGAAUGCUUUCAAUGCCAUUAUAGUACCAGCGUGCACAAAGAACUGUACCUCCACAACCGCAAAUAUCAUUCCAAGAACCGGUUGUUGUGCAUAAUGUGUAAAUGUAACUUUUACAGUUACAGUGAGUUAAUAUGCCAUUUAUGUCCAGGUGUAUACAUUUUGGACUAUGAUAUGCAAUAUCGCUGUUGCUUGUGCAUUAACGAUGAUCUACCAUCAGCGUUUCGUCUGAUGGUUCAUUUAAGAAAACGACACAAUAUCUGUGAUGUGUGUUUGGAAUUAUGUCAUAGUCAGUACAAACUAUCGAAUCAUGUGUGGAAGCACAAAUUGCAUCACUUUUGCUAUAGAUGUGCAAUUGCUUAUAGAAAUAAAGCGGAUAUUACGAGGCAUUUGUUCUGGAAACAUGGUACAGAGAGCGUUUGCUGUAAAAAAUGCCUACAGAAGAAAUGGCCUCACGUGUAUCAUUUUUGCGUUCCGCCAGCUUUUUUCGUAUGUGAGGAUUGCAAUCUAGCUCUCACCAAAGCGGUAUCAUUAAAGGUUCACAAAAGGUUACACACUGAUGAGAAGAAACAUGCAUGCCAAUGGGAGAACUGCACGGAAUGUUUUAUUUCGAAGAAAAUAAUGUUGAAACACUUUAAAUGGCACACCGAUCCACCUGAAGAGACUAAAGUUAAGGAGAUCAACAACGAGCCCUGCCAGGAAGUCGAAGAAAGCGGAGAAAAUGUACCACAGGAGGAGGUGCCUAAUCCUGAAGACGAAUCCAAACCAGUUAGGCCUAAAGUUGAUGUGUACGAUCUUCCGGCGCUCAAUUUAUCGGAAAGUGAUUCGAGCGAUUCUGAAAAUGAUGACCAGAAGUCAAGAAAAAAAGAAGACCCAAAAAUUAAUUGUGAAGAAUCUGCCUGCCAAGAUGCUGCGGAAGUACAAAGCAGAAUUGAUGAUUCUGCAGAAGUGCAAAGCAGAAUUGACGAUUCUACGCAAGAGCAAAGCAGAAUUGACGAAACUGUGUGCGAAAUUGUAGAACAGCAACCAAAGGACGACAUGUCAUCCACUGUAAUGCAAGAUAUUUGGGACAAUUUCAAAAAUUAUCAAGCAAAUAAGGAGAAAAUGGACCAUAUUCUCAUUGGAGAACCCGACAGUAAAGUGAAUCAGCCAUACGUACCAGACAUUCCGAUUCCUAUAGUGGAAGAAGGGAUAUCUUCUCAAUUGGCCCUUCUAGACCACGAUUACUGUGCAGAUCCUGAAAGCACCCAACCUACUGACGCCAUAAUCGAAGUGAAGCCGUCAUUGGAUACAACAGAAAGCAUUGAUCACGACUACUGCUUCCAGACAGAAGAGGAAAAAGUCCCAGUCCAACCAGAGCCUCUGCCAGAAGACGAAAGUAAAACCAAUAAAAAACCAAAUUCAUCAAGCUCAUCGAGUAGUGACAGCGACUCAAGCUGCGCUUGCGGUUCAAGUUGCUCUUGUUCAGACAGUAGUAGUUCUAGUUCGAGUUCGGAUAGCUCAAAUUCUGACAGUUCAACUGAAGAAGGGCGAAAACGGCAACAGCAGCGACGCCUGAAACGGAAGGAACGCAAUCAAUUAAAAAAAAUACAUCCACAACUAGAAACAGAGUUGAAAGUGGACGUAGUGACUGCUGAUCAACCAGUAGUUCCUAGUGUAGCAGAGAUUCGUGAAUCAGACUUGGAAACAACCGAAAGCGAAACAGAUGAAGAGUUUUAUGACCGUGAACCUCAAAAGUUUGCCAAGAAAAUCCUGGCAGAGAAACGCGCACAACUCUUAACAGAAAUGGGGUCCGACGUGAUACCUAACGGGUCCUUCUUCGAGAGUACUAGUCGACCACCUACGCCGCCCGCUGGGACCUUAGAAGAGGAAACAGCAAAUGUGCCAAAGAAGAAGAAGAAAAGUAAAAAGCGGAAGAAACGAAAAAGUGAGAAGAAAAUAACACGUGAGAAGCGUAGCUAUACGGCUACGAUUGUCGAUUCGGACUCUAUAGUACCAGUACCACCUGCUUCAAUACCGUACUAUCAGCAGUUCCAUCAGGUGGAAAACCAAGUAGCUCCGAUUACACUGUCCCUGUCUCGGAAUUCGCCUGUCAUCGUUUCUUCAAGCCCACCACAGUUUGACCCAUCCAUGGAUACGCAGUCAUCGUCCCGCCAAGAAACUGUUUUGUCAGACAGCAGUGUGCGUGCUUCCAAGCGUCGAAGAGUACCAAAUAAGUUUUACGGAUACUCUAGUGACGAAGAUGCGGAGAGGCCUUCUAGUAUGAAAAGACCCAAGAUGGAUAUAAAUCGGACUAUUCCAGCCCCUCAAUCUCCGAGGUUGGUUCCUCCAAUAACUAUCAAGACUGUCCCCUCUCCCUUGGCUUUACCAACGCGCCAGCCGAUGGUCGAACCAAUCACGCUAAGAUUGCCAAAACCUCACGUAACUCCAGGCGAGUUUAAACAUCGGGGCCGAGUACCGCCAAUUCGAUUGUUAACUACCCAGCCGCCCGUUCCGCCUUCCAAAGAGGAUAGCGCUUCUGAAUCAAAUGAUUCGGAUCAGGACGAGCUGGUUUCAAAGAGCGAGCCACCUAAACUACCUCAGCCCCAAUUAUAUUGUUAUUGCCGUUGUCCUUAUGAUGAAGUUUCAGAAAUGAUUGGUUGCGAUUCAAAUGAUUGCGAAAUCGAGUGGUUUCACUUCGAGUGCGUCGGAAUAAUGGUGCCGCCAAAGGGACAGUGGUUUUGCCCUGAUUGCCGCAAGAAAAAACAGCAACAACGUAGUUAAGUUUAGUUAAGAUGGUUAAGUUUCGAAUACCUCACAGGCAAUGUCUUUAUUGGGAAAGGAGAUAAUCUAAUCGUGAUUAGAUCGUGAUCAACAACUCAUUAAUGGGAAUAAUUAUAUAAUUUUGAGCAUGCCUAUCACUUGUUCUUAAUCACAACUUUGUGUAAAUACCUAAAUUGUGUACCUGUAUAUUAUUCUCUCAUUUAAUAUAGCGGUUUGAACUUGUUUACUAAUAGGCUGGUGCCAAGACGAUUUUUAAAUAGUGAAAAUACUAACUCUACAUAACUGGAAAACUAGUCGUCUGAUAAACUGCGAAAAAUUAUGCUCAUUCAACACAAAAAAGACACACUUUUACACAUUUUCAAGUAAAUUAAAUACUGAAAAAUUGGUUUUCGCCAUUUUGAAGGUUAAUUUGAGGUUAUGUCAAGUCUUAGAUACAACGCUUUAAUUUCUUUUAUAUUGUAUAUUGUAUAUUGUACAAGUUUACAGCUGAAUAUUUUCUGCUAGGAGGUGGUGUGUCGCCGCAAAUUGCAAAAACCCAUUUUCAACCCGUAACAUCCCCAUUUCCAGUGUUUUUAAAUUUGUGUUUUUCAUAAAUUUGGAACCUCAUCAACAUUUUCCACUUGGUUUUUUGGUCAAGCCUUUUUUUUGACAAAAAUUAUUUGCACUAGCCUAUCAUUGUUAGAUUUAAAUGUACAAUUUUAUUCAGUCAUGUUGCCAAAUUGAUGUAAAAAUAGUAUAAAUACUAUCUAUAUUGCAUAAUUUAGUAUUUGGCAUACUUAAGUAGAAUAAAGUUGAUAACAAAUUUCUGAUACUAGUUAAUAAAUGUAACACAAAUGUGCUUAAUUGUUUCUUAUUAAAUUAUGUAUAAGUUAUUUUUACCAUUUUAUUUUAGUUCUCAAAAACUGUGCUAUUACUACAUAAUAUGAUAGUGUGUAGAUAUGUCGUACCUAUAUGAUUUAUAAGUCUGACCUCGACUAAUGCUUGUACAGUUGGUGCAAAUAUACGGAAUAAAUUCGAUACACAAUUUAA